CUGAUGUGUGGAUGGAGCCGGUGGAGGACCCCCCCUUUCCUUGUCUGUUCAAAGGUCACCCAGUCAUCUAGGUUUAGUGAAAAUAAGGUCUGCCGUCAUUUCCUCCACUGGCAGAGUUCCUGAGAGACGGCGGAUGUGUUUGUUGCUAAGCCUCUUUUAAAACAUAAAGUUUUCCAGGCUCCGCAGGAUGAAGAUGACUUCUGACCUCGUCCAGCCCCAUAUCAGGCCCAGGAGGAAAGACUUGGAGAAGAUCCUGACUCCCCUUCUGAUUCUGCCCCCUCUAAUCCCUCUGCUCCAACUGCACCGUCUGACCCUGUCUCCCCCUCAUACCCAAUCGGGGCAAACUUAUAAGUCACAAGGGACAACUAGUCAGGUAAUGUUCACAGUCCUUCCUUUAAAACAGAUCGAGCCAGGUGGUGGAUUUGUGUGCAUUCCCUUUACUACCAGUUACCUUUAUAAUUGGAAAAAUCAAGUUCCCCCCUUUUCAGAAAAAACCCAGGCCCUGAUUCACCUCCUAGAAUCUGUUUUCCAUACUCAUCAGCCUACCUGGGACAACUGCCAGCAGCUGCUCCACACCCUCUUCACUACAGAGGAGUGGACCGGAUUUUUCAAAAGGCUGUUAAGGCGGCUCUGGGACAAACCCAGACCUUGGUCCCAGCGAGCAGAGGCCGAGGUGCCGACCCACCGACUGGACUGGGACCCCAACACUGAUGCAGGUAGGAGAGACCUGGCCAGUUACCACCAGCACCUUUUACAGGGACUCUGUCAAGUGGCUAGAAAGCUGACUAAUUUGACCAAGAUGAGUGAGGUAAAACAGAAUAAGACAGAGUCCCCCGAGGCUUUCCUGGAGCUCCUCCUAGAGGCGUAUCGGGUCUAUACACCUAUUAACCCUGAUGCUCCAGAAAACGCAGCCACGAUAAAUCGGGCUUUUGUGUCUCAGUCGGCCCCAGAUAUUAGAAAGAAACUUCAGAGAUUGGAAGGAUUUGAGGGAAAGAACAGGUCUGAGCUCCUGAGUAUAGCACAAAAGGUUUUUAACAACCGGGACUCCCCAGAAGAGGUGGUCACCAAGCGGCUAGGAAAAGUUACUAUUGCUGCUCUCAAAAACUAUGAGACAAGUAAACAGACUGGGAGACCUAAGCCAGAAAGACCCCCAUGGCCUAAGCUUGGAAGGGAUCAAUGUGCCUAUUGCAAACAGACUGGACAUUGGAAAAAUGAGUGCCCCCUCAAAAAGGAAAAAGAGGGACAAAACCAGAAAAAGACACAGGAGGUUCUGACCUUUGAAGAUAUGGAAUAGGAAAGUCAGGGCUCAUUCAAAUUGAGCCCCCAUGAGCCCAUGGUAAAAUUAAAAAACAGGGGCACACCGACCAACUUCCUGGUAGAUACUGGGGCAGCCCAUUCAGUACUGACUAAACCUUUGGGAAAAUUGACAACAUGAGAGACUUUGGUACAGGGGGCUACCGGCAAGGAUGCUCAGGGUUAUAAACGGACAACUGCACGAAUGGUAGACUUGGGUCACAGGCAAGCGACCCACUCUUUUCUGGUGAUUCCAGAGUGUCCAUACCCCUUGCUUGGUAGGGAUCUGCUAAGAAAAUUGGGUGCAACAAUUACCUUUACAGAGGAAAAGGCAGACUUAAAACUAGGCAUCCCACAGGGGACUGUCAAAGUUUUGGUGACUUGCCCAUUGGCUGCUGCAUACCUGAUGUUCUCGGAGCCAGAGGACAAGUCAGCUGGGCUGAUUGGUGGUUUACAAAUGGAGUUUCCACUUGUGUGGGCUGAAACUAACCCCCCUGGUUUAGCAAGCCAUCAAGUUCCUAUAGUGGUCAGCCUAAAGUCCAAUGCUCAGUCUAUUUCUGUCCGACAGUAUUCCAUCAUGAAAGAGGCAAAAGAAAAGAUUCAGACAUGUACCAACUGACUCCUAGAUGCCAGCAUCUUAAAGCCAUGCCAAUUGCCUUGGAACACUCCACUCCUGCCUGUCUGAAAGCCUAGUACUUCUGAUGACAGGCCUGCCCAAGACCUCUGAGAGGUAAACAAAAGAACUGAGACUGUACACCCCACUGUGCCCAAUCCCUACACCCUGCUGAGCCUCCUGCCCCUGCAACAACAAGUCUACACUGUGCUGGACCUCAAAGAUGCCUUCUUCAGUCUGCCACUGGCUGAGGUCAGUCAGCCCCUUUUUGCUUUCGAAUGGGUGGACCCUGAAGGAGGGUACUUGGGACAACUGACCUGGACAAGAUGGCCGCAAGGGUUCAAAAAUGCUCCCACCCUGUUUGAUGAGGCUCUAAAUAGGGACCUGGCUCAGUUCAGAGUGUCUCAUCCUGAGGUGACCCUUCUCCAGUAUGUAGAUGACCUAAUAGCGGCUGACGAUCAGGACACCUGUGUGGCAGCUACUAAAAAUUUGUUGAGACUGGUACAGAAACUGGGAUAUCAAGUGUCAGCCAAAAAGGCCCAGAUUUGUGCCUCCUGGGUCACCUAUCUUGGGUACAAAAUUAACGGGGGCAUUCGACAAUUGUCCCAGAGAUGGAAACAAGCUAUAUUACAGAUCCCAACACCCUCCACAAAAAGACAGGUGCGAGAGUUCCUGGGAACUGCUGGCUACUGCUGACUCUGGAUUACAGGAUUUUCGGAGAUCGCAAAGCCCUUAUAUCCAGCCACAGCCAGAGGGAACACACCCUUAGUAUGGACAGAGACUGAACAGAGGGCGUUUGAGACCUUAAAACAAGCCCUUGUCCAGGCACCACCUUUGGCCCUCCCAGAUAUCAGAAAGCCUUUCCAAUUGUUCGUGGCUGAGAAAGAUGGAGUGGCAAAAGGGGUCCUUACUCAAACUUUAGGACCCUGGAAAAGGCCCAUGGCUUAUCUGUCCAAAAGACUUGAUCCUGUGGCCACUGGCUGGCCAUCUUGUCUCAGAGCCAUCCCAGCUACAGACCUCCUCAUAAAGGAGGCAGAUAAAUUAACCUUGGGUCAGGGGCUCAUGAUCAGCACACCACAUGCAGUCUCCUCCUGCUAUGAGGAGGCUUCGAGAGUUGGAUAUCAAAUGCUACACUGACUCAAUAUCAGGUGCUCCUGAUUGACCAGCCCCAGAUCAAGUUCACAGAAGCCACUACCCUAAACCAUGACUCUGCUGCUGGCUUCAGACCUGAUGACUCCCUUACAUGACUGCCAGGAGACCCUCCAGGACAUAACUUCAGCCAGGCCUGAUUUGCAGGAUGUGUCCCUGGGGAACCCUGAGGAGACAUUCUUCAUGGAUGGGAGCAGCUUCAUCGAGCAGGAAGUCAGCCUGGAGACCUGAUGCUGGUAAAGAGACAUUCAUCUAAGGCUCUGGAGCCACAUUGGGAGGGACCUUUCCAGGUGAUUUUGAUGACACCAUCUGCCAUAAAGGUCACAGGAAAAACACCGUGGAUACAUCACUGCCACAUCAAAACAGCUCCUGAGGACACCCCGGAGGAAAAAUGGAGAGUCAUCAGUCAACCAGGAGACAAAAAGUUAAGACUGGGACGGGUUGGAAAUACAUCCCCUUCUUGUUAAUAUUUUCUGGAACAUUGGUAAUAUUACCCCUGAAACAAUUGGACCAUACUGGAAAUGUUUGGA